UGGAAGCAGCACCUUUCCCACGUCACGGAGGAGGAAGAAGCUCCGCGGCGGCACCAGCGGCUCUUCUUUCACCUGAGUCCGAGUUAGCGCCGCUCUCCGCCGGGGUGAGCCUCCCUCCAUGCCCGCUGAGUGAACCUGCCACCCGGGGGAAUGAGUUUUCUUACCAACUGGAGGCGCAGUGGGAAGAAAGAUGACAGCAAAAGGGAUGCUGUGGCGACACAAGACAUCCCUGACAGCCCGACCUCCCCAAGCCGGCUGUCAGUCGUGAACAGUCCAGACCUGGAUCCCAUCAUCACAGACUUCAAGUUACAGCUGCCGGACAACAGAGAUGCUCUGGAGUCAGCAAAUCCGUCAAAGGGGUGCUCGCAGUCCGACCUGUCGCUGGCUCUGCAGGACUGCAUGGCUGCCCUGGAUCUGUUCCUCAGAAAUGACUUUGAGGAGGCGCAGGCUCGCCUCAGAUGCAGGACCAAAGAUAGCAUGUACCACGCUCUGACCUACGCCACCAUUCUGGAAAUGCAGGCCAUGAUGACGUUCGACCCCCAGCACAUCCUGACAGCAGGAAACACCAUGAAGGAGGCUCAGGCGAUCUGCCAGCGGCACCGGAAGAAGUCAAGCUUCUCCAAAAGCUUCACAGAAGAGGAACUCCAUGCAGAAGUUUGCUACGCUGAGUGUCUUUUGCAAAGGGCAGCCCUCACCUUCCUUCAGGAUGAAAACAUGAUCAGCUUCAUUAAAGGAGGAAUCAAAGUGAGGAACAGCUACCAGACGUACAAAGAGCUUCACACCAUCCUCCAGUCCUCAGGAUACACUCAUGGUGACAACCACGGCCAUUUUGAAGGUGGCGUUAAACUGGGAGUAGGAGCUUUUAAUCUGAUGAUCUCCAUGCUGCCCACACGGACACUGAAGCUGCUGGAGUUUGUCGGUUUUUCCGGUAACAAGGAAUUUGGCCUCCAGCAGCUCCAGGAGGGUUCUGCAGAAAGCACGUUCAGGUCCUUCCUGUGUAACAUGCUGCUGCUCUGUUAUCACACAUUCAUGAGCUUCAUACUCGGAACCGGAGAAGGAGACGUGGAGGACGCGGAGAAACUGCUGCAGCCGUAUCUCAAAAAAUAUCCCAAGGGCUCCAUCUUUUUGUUCUUUGCUGGCCGAAUAGAAGAGAUUAAAGGCAACCUGGAUGCUGCUAUCAAGCGUUUUGAGGAGUGCUGCGAGGCUCAGCAGCAGUGGAAGCAGUUUCACCACAUGUGCUACUGGGAGCUGAUGUGGUGCUUCACCUACAAGAGGCACUGGAAGAUGGCCUACUUCUACGCCGACCUGCUCAGCAAGGAGAACUCCUGGUCCAAGGCCACCUAUGCGUAUAUGAAAGCAGCCUACCUCAGCAUGCUGACGAAGGACGAUUGCCUCACCUUCGGGGAGACGGCGCUGACUCUGUUCAGGCAGGUUCCGGGGCUGAAGCAGAAAAUAGCAGGAAAAUCUUUACCAACAGAGAAGUUUGCUAUCAGGAAAGCCCGACGCUACUUUGCAGAAAACCCCAUCCCUCUUCCUGCUCCUCCGCUGGAGAUGAUGUACAUCUGGAACGGCUACACAGUCAUUGGCAAACACAAAGACCUGACUGAGGGCAUGCUGAAAACACUGGACGAAGCGCAGGCUAAACUUGAAAGCAUCCCAAGGACGGAGUUCACCGUAGAUGAUCAGUGUCUGCUGAGCCUCCUGAAGGGACUUUGUCUCAAACACCUGGGACACCAAGAAGAAGCCGAACACUACUUCACCCUCGUCCUCUGCAAUGAGACUCAGAUUAAGUACGACCACUACCUGGUUCCUAACGCUUUGCUGGAGCAUGGGCUGCUGUGUCUGGAACAAGGCAGGAAAGACGAAGCGAUCAGACUCCUAGAAGCUGCAAAACAAAAUUACAAAAACUACUCGAUGGAAUCACGGACACACUUCCGUAUACAGGCUGCUCUGCACAAGGCCAAGGGAUGCAGGGAGAACGGCAUCCAUGUGCCCUCCAGCCCAUAGCAGACAGAGGAGGGCAGCCGAGGGCAGAGGCAGCGUUCUGUUUCUGCAGUCCCACAAUGCAACACUCAGACCAAAGCAGCUCUACCUAUCAGGGCGGACGAAUUGUUUUUUCAUCAAGAGGGUUGGAGAAGAGGGAGGCUUGUUAUUUCUUGCGUGGCCCCCGACCGGCUUCAAUGGAUCCACUGUGCCCUCUUAUAUAGAUUACAAAGAACUUCACCUCCUCGUGUGGUUUUAAAUAGAGUUUCAUUGAGAAAUGUGUCCAUAUUUAUGAAACAUUGCUUCUAGUGGGCUUUGAUUAGCGCAGUGGCCACCCAUAAGGGGCGCAGUAGAGUAGAUAAACAAGGCCAAAUGUGCAGAUGGAGAAUAAAUGUGCCUCGUGCAAGGUACUGGGGUUGAUUGAGCAGAGCACCGCCUCCAUAUAAUGACUGACACUUGCUCGACCCAGCCAGCAGACCCAGUUGACCUUGUUGCUACGAAGCUUUCCCACUUUUCAUGUGUAAUACAAAACAGAGAUGAUUAAUUUGACGACACCAGGUAUCUACCACAUCAUCGAGGAUUAUUCUUUUAUAACGUGUCUUUGAUCAAAACCAAUAUGACCAAAUAAGGUGCAAAUUCUGAAUGUUGGAUUCGCCUUUUUACACUACAAAAUCUGUGUUUGUGAGAAUGAGUGAAUGAGAAUAUUAGUGUGCAUUUUACAUUUUCUUCCUUUACUUGAAACAUCGAAAGGCACCAGUUUAUUUUUGUGGAAUACUAUCACAGUCUCCUUCUGAAGAAAUGAUCAGAUCUAAAAUCUUGUAUUCGCGGUUACAUUUUGUGGCUUUUGCACAGCACUUUGUAAAUCAGCCUAACAUGCAAACUCUCCAGAGUCAACAACAAAAAAGAAAAAAGAAAUGCCUGUAAGACUUGCAGUGAGAGUUGUUCUUUACAUUUAUAUACUGUAAAUGGCACCUUUUACACAAAUUGUCCCGUUUUAAGAGGACAGAUGAAUGUGUCUUUUAGAAAGGCAGACUCCCUCCUUUUCUCCUCCUGGUGUGUGGGACAGACUCCAAGCAGUACUUGAGCUUGAACAAACAGGCCAUUCACAGCGAAGGCCUGCGCUUGUCCGCCUGCUGCAUCUUUAGGAGGUGAAGAAGCUCUGAACCAGAGCAACCACCACAGCAGUCCUUCCUGCUUUGUGAACGUUCUCCGCUGCUCCUGUACCAGGCAUGAAAUACCUAUAGAAGCAUUUGAAGAUUAUAACCACAUCCUGUAUCAAAUAGUCAUCUGUAUAUGAACAAAUAGAAGAGAAGGAGGUUGGUGGUUAGGUUUUUGGAAAGGCUGUGUACCGGCUACAAACCUAGAAACUCAGGUGGUGUCUCAAGUGUUGGAAUUAGAGCACUGCUGAUUAAUUCAUGAUUAGAGUGAGGUUUUCAGUUCAAUGUGAUGAAUAGGAGUCAGUUUAAGUUGUGUUUUUUUUUCAUAAUGGUGGAAGAAAUAUAUUCUUAUUAUUGUUCUAACAGCAGUUGCUCUUCAGAAUAUUUCAAUAACAAACCACAUUUUGCUUUAUCGUAAAUAAUUAAGCUUUUUUUCCUUCUUCUUUUUUGGGUUUUACACAUGUAACCACAAAAAGAAAUUCUAACCACGCUUAGUGACGUUGUGAUGUUUACAAUCUGUAUAUUUUACUGGGCAUGACUACCACCGCGCAGAAUGACAUUCCUGUACAUACUGAAUGUUUCUGUUGUAAUUUAAGAUGAAAUGAUGAUAAGCAACUAAACAUCUCAUUAUGUGUUUC